AUGUGGAGCGGAUCUACCCCACAAAGACUUUGUCUGGGUAAAUCUAUGGUGAGUGGAUCUACCCCACACAGACUUUGUCUGGGUAAAUCUAUGGUGAGAGGAUCUACCCCACAAAGACUUUGUCUGGGUAAAUCUAUGGUGAGUGGAUCUACCCCACAAAGACUUUGUCUUGGUAAAUCUAUGGUGAGUGGAUCUACCCCACAAAGACUUUGUCUGGGUAAAUCUAUGGUGAGUGGAUCUACCCCACAAAUACUUUGUCUGGGUAAAUCUAUGUGGAGCGAAUCUACCCCACAAAGACUUUGUCUGGGUAAAUCUAUGUGGAGCGGGUCUACCCCACAAAGACUUCGUCUGGGUAAUUCUAUGUGGAGCGGAUCUACCCCACAAAUACUUUGUCUGGGUAAUUCUAUGUGGAGCGAAUCUACCCCACAAAGACUUUGUCUGGGUAAAUCUAUGGUGAGAGGAUCUACCCCACAAACACUUCGUCUGGGUAAAUCUAUGUGGAGCGGAUCUACCUCACAAAGACUUUGUCUGGGUAAAUCUAUGGUGAGAGGAUCUACCCCACAAAGACUUUGUCUGGGUAAAUCUAUGGUGAGUGGAUCUACCCCACAAAGACUUUGUCUGGGUAAAUCUAUGUGGAGCGGAUCUACCUCACAAAGACUUUGUCUGGGUAAAUCUAUGUGGAGCGGAUCUACCCCACAAACACUUCGUGUGGGUAAAUCUAUGUGGAGUGGAUCUACCCCACAAACACUUCGUGUGGGUAAAUCUAUGGUGAGAGGAUCUACCCCACAAACACUUCGUGUGGGUAAAUCUAUGUGGAGUGGAUCUACCCCACAAAUACUUUGUCUGGGUAAAUCUAUGGUGAGUGGAUCUACCCCACAAAGACUUUGUCUGGGUAAAUCUAUGGUGAGUGGAUCUACCACACAAAGACUUUGUCCGGGUAAAUCUAUGGUGAGUGGAUCUACCACACAAAGACUUUGUCCGGGUAAAUCUAUGGUGAGAGGAUCUACCACACACAGACUUUGUCUGGGUAAAUCUAUGUGGAGCGGAUCUACCCCACACAUACUUUGUCUGGAUAAAUCUAUGUGGAGCGGAUCUACCCCACAAAGACUUUGUCUGGGUAAAUCUAUGGGGAGCGGAUCUACCCCACAAAGACUUUGUCUUGAUAAAUCUAUGGUGAGUGGAUCUACCCCACAAAGACUUUGUCUGGGUAAAUCUAUGUGGAGCGGAUCUACCCCACAAAGACUUUGUCUUGAUAAAUCUAUGUGGAGCGGCUCUACCCCACAAAGACUUCGUCUGGGUAAAUCUAUGUGGAGCGGGUCUACCCCACAAAGACUUCGUCUGGGUAAAUCUAUGUGGAGCGAAUCUACCCCACAAAGACUUUGUCUGGGUAAAUCUAUGGUGAGUGGAUCUACCCCACAAAGACUUUGUCCGGGUAAAUCUAUGGUGAGCGAAUCUACCCCACAAAGACUUUGUCUGGGUAAAUCUAUGGUGAGCGGAUUUACUUCACAAAGACUUUGUCUGGGUAAAUCUAUGGGGAGCGGAUCUACCCCACAAACACUUCGUGUGGGUGAAUCUAUGGGAAGUGUAGAUUUAGAAAAGAAAGAGUCUGCUUCAGUAAAUUUUCGAGAAAAGGAUCCAAUUAAAAAAAAAAAAAAAAAAUCAACAUCGAGUAUGUGA